ACAUAGCAACAAGACAACCAAAAUAAAUUCGGAAAACAGUUCGGAGAGAAUGAUGGCGGCGUUGCUGCUACGCCGGGAUAAGAAAGCUACAGCCGCGCAUUUAAAGGCAGAUCUUAACCGGACUGACAACAGCUCUGGGGUCCGGCAACUUCAGGAACUGCUGGAUAAUGUUCUCAAUCCGGAGAAACCGGCCGCGGACACCGAGGCCCUGGACUGGUGUAAAUAUCUGUUGGCAGGAGGGGAUGGGUUCGAGGAGUUCUGUAAAACCGUCCGCUCUUACGAUAACGCUACGCUGUGCGGAUUGGUCUGGACUGCUAAUUUUGUAGCAUAUCGCUGUCGGACCUGUGGCAUUUCGCCCUGCAUGUCACUCUGCGCUGAGUGCUUUAACAACGGCGACCACACGGGCCACGAUUUUAAUAUGUUUAGGAGUCAGGCUGGCGGGGCCUGCGACUGUGGAGACGGUAAUGUCAUGCGAGAAAGUGGGUUUUGCAGAAGGCAUCGGUUAAGAACUGGGGAGAAUGUUCCAUCAGUCCCUAGAGAUCUGCUGCUUAUGUCUGAGAUGGUUCUUCCUCGUUUUAUCAUCAGUAUAAUACAGUACCUGAGAGAUGGCUACACAGAGUCAGAAACUACUACAGACAGAGAUCUGCAGAAAGUCCUUCAGCAGCUGGAGCCCCAGAUCUCUUUUUUGGAAGACCUCACUAAAAUGGGUGGAGCCAUGCGCACAGUCCUCACAAAGAUCUUAACCAAUCAGCAGACCUUUAAAGAACUGAGCAUGGGUCAAGAGGAGAAUAUGUAUGCAAAGAGAAACUAUGAGAAGUACCUGUCGGCACUCAAAAAUUCCGGCCUGGUGUCUGUGGAGGAUAAAGGGUCGGCAGGGACAACAGACUCUUCAGCUGGGGCUGGAACUGGAGCACUUGGCCUCCUGGGGGCCACAGCAGCAGUCAGUCCAAAUGAGGAAAAUAAAGAGGAAGAUCAGGAUGGAGGGCAGAGUGUAGGCCAGAGGAAGAGAGUAAAGCUGAGUAGCAGUACCAAAGAUUCAUCUAUAAUGGACAUUCUAAAACAUAAAUGUUUUUUAGAGGAGUUAUUGUUUUGGACUAUUAAAUACGAGUUUCCACAGAAGAUGGUUACUUUUUUACUCAACAUGUUGCCAGAUCAAGACUAUAAGAUCACUUUCACUAAAACGUUUGUCCAGCACUAUGCCUUUAUCAUGAAGACUCUGAUGAAGAGCCAUGAAUCAGACACGAUGUCCAACCGAAUAGUUCAUAUCAGCGUGCAGCUGUUCAGUAAUGAAGAAUUAGCACGUCACGUCACUGAGGAGUGCCAGCUGCUGGACAUCAUGGUCACUGUACUGCUCUACAUGAUGGAGAGCUGCCUUAUCAAGAGUGAACUGCAAGAUGAAGAGAACAAUCGUCAUGUGGUGGUAAACUGUGGUGAAGCCUUGUUGAAGAAUAACACCUACUGGCCUUUAGUUAGCGACUUUAUUAAUAUUCUCUCUCACCAAAGUGUAGCGAAGCGUUUUCUGGAGGAUCACUCGCUGCUCAUGCUCUGGAUGAGCUUUGUCUCCUUUUUUCAAGGAAUGAAUCUGAACAAGAGGGAGCUGAACGAGCACGUGGAGUUUGAAUCCCAGACGUACUACGCAGCUUUUGCUGCUGAACUAGAGGCCUGUGCUCAGCCCAUGUGGGGGCUGCUCACGCACUGCAAAGUCAAAGAAACACAAGAGUACACUAAAACAGUGGCACGCUAUUGCCUGGAGACUUUACAGAUAUGGUUUGAUGCCAUUGGCUUUGUUGAUGAGCCUGCUCCCAAUCAAAUAACGUUUCAUUUACCGUUGCACCGCUACUAUGCCAUGUUCCUUAGCAAGGCGGUGAAGUGUCAGGGGCUGGACUUGGACAGUCUCCUUCCUGAUCAGGAAAUGCUGAUGAAGAUUAUGGUGCAUCCUCUUCAGAUACAGGCAUGUUUGUCUGAAAUUCACAGCAACAUGUGGGUGAGGAAUGGAUUACAAAUUAAAGGGCAGGCUAUGACAUACGUCCAGUCUCACUUCUGCAACUCUAUGAUCGACCCAGACAUCUUCCUGUUACAGGUGUGUGCCUCACGACUAGACCCAGACUACUUUAUUUCUUCAGUGUUUGAGAGGUUUAAAGUAGUGGACUUGUUGACGAUGGCAUCGCAACACCAGAAUGCAGUGCUGGAUGCAGAGCAGGAAAGACCCAUGUUAGAGGGGGCGCUCACGUUCCUCGUCAUAUUGUGCAGCCUCCGCGUACACCUGGGCAUGACUGAUGAUGAGAUACUGAGAGCAGAAAUGGUGUCACAGUUGUGUAUGAAUGACCGCACACACAGUUCUCUUCUUGACCUUAUCCCAGAGAACCCAAACCCUAAGAGUGGUAUAAUGCCCGGCAGUUGUAGCUUUGAGGAGAUGCUGUCUGCUGUGGCUGAUUUUAAAGCUCCAGUAUCUGAGCCUGGUGGCUCCAUGCAGCAGGGCAUGUACACACCCAAAGCGGAGGUGUGGGAGAAGGAGUUUGACCCCAUCAUGGUGAUCCUGCGCACUGUCUACCGGCGAGAUGUCCAGUCAGCAAUGGACAGAUACUCAGCAUUUUUGAAGCAGUCUGGUAUUCACACCGGUAACCCUUGGCCGCCAUAUAAAGAGAGGACGCCCCUGCACCCAUGCUAUCGAGGACUGGUGCGUCUGCUGCACUGCAAAACUCUGCAUAUUGUCAUCUUUACCCUGCUAUACAAGAUCUGGAUGGACCAUCAGAACAUGUCGGAGCAUGUGCUAUGUAUGGUGCUGUAUCUGGUUGAGCUGGGUUUGGACAACCAUGCACAAGAGGAGAAGGAGGAUGAAGAACCGUGUAUUGAGGAGCACUGCCAUGACAGCUGGUUCCCUGGCACCAGCCUGCUGUCCAAUCUACACCACGUCAUUAACUUUGUACGGGUGCGAGUGCCUGAGACCGCCCCGGAGGUGGAGAGAAAAAGGGAACGGGAGAGGGAGAGGCAGAGGGAGACUCCUCCAAGCACCAGCACUGACACAUCCACCUUUGGACAGAACUUGCGUGAGGCUCAGUUAUUCAGCCUGGUGGCUGAGCGCAGGAGGAAGUUCCAGGAGAUUAUAAACCGCAGUAACCACGAGGCCAACCAGGCUGUACGGCCAAAGUCGUCUUCGCGCUGGCUUCCCCCAGGCUCUCCUCCUCAGAUGGUCACUGAGAUACUAGAGAUAAGGGAGAGUAUGCUGUCCUUACUGGUCAAACUGCACCAGAAACUGUCAGCCAAGCAGAACUCACUGACUCCGAGCUGGCUGGAGGAGGCUGAACCAGCACACCAUACACAUGGAGAUGGAAUCACUGCCAUCGAGAGGAUCCUGGCCAAGGCAGCAUCACGCAGCAGACAUAGCAAAAGAUGUCUGCAAGAGAUUUGUGGCAAAGUGUGUCCACCUGUGCCUCCUAAAAAGAACAGCCCAGGAGAAAAGAAGAGCAUGGAUAAAGAGGAGAGGCGGCAGAGGGCCAGGGAGAGACAGCAGAAACUACUGGCUGAAUUUGCCUCCAGGCAAAAAAGCUUCAUGGAGACAGCCAUGGAUGUUGAAUGUCCUGAAGUGGAGGCGGCGAUGGACGUGAGCUCAGCCGAGCCUCUUGACACCGAGGUUCUCUAUGACUGCGUAAUAUGCGGUCAGAGCGGCCCCUCUACUGAGGACAGACCUACGGGACUGGUGGUGCUACUACAGGCAUCCUCAGUGUUGGGGCACCGUUGCUGUAGCGACCAGGCAAAGCGACUCCCUACAAGUGACGAUGAGCUGAUCUUCACUGAAGACACGUGUGGGGCAACUAACGACGUUAGACUAGCACUUAUGCAGCGUCACUUUAAAGAGAGUUCCUGUCUGCAGUCGGUCUCUAUUGGCUGGGAUGGUGGUGUGUAUGUGCAAACCUGUGGUCAUACGCUGCAUAUAGACUGCCACAAGUCCUACAUGGAGUCUCUACGGAAUGACCAGGUGUUGCAGGGUUUCUCUGUGGAUAAGGGCGAGUUCACGUGCCCACUGUGUCGCCAGUUCGCUAAUAGCGUCCUGCCCUGCAAGCCGGGGCGUGGUACAGAGGCGAGUGCCUGGCACACACCCAGCAACAAGAACUUGGCCACAUUAGUGAAAGAGGUGGAGGAGCUUCAGGACCAGUUGACCAUCUUUCCCGUAAGCACCAGUACGGAGUCUAACUUGACUAAAGAGAUGGAGUCUGUGAUUAAAGACAUAAAGAAUGCCACGCAGAAAAAGUACAUGGACUAUGGCAAGAACCCUGGCUCGCCUGAUAACGACUUCCUCUUCAUGUACUCGGUGGCCAGGACAAAUCUGGAGUUGGAGUUGGUUCAUCGUGGUGGGAACCUGUGCAGUGGAGGGGCGAGUGCUGCUGCCAAACGCUCCUGUCUCAAUCAGUUGUUUCAUGUAUUAGCAAUGCACAUGCGUCUGUACAGCAUUGAUUCUGCUUAUAAUCCCUGGACUCGACUCACACAGAUCACCCAGCACAGAGAGUCAGAAUAUGAGGAUGAAGAGCAUCCCGAGGUUCCAAUGCUGUUCAGAGAUGUCCCCUCCCUACUCAUUAUCUUUGUGCUCACUAUGCCUCAGCCACUACGCAAAGAACACUUCACAACAGUUGUGAAAGUGCUAUACACUCUGCUGUAUACUCAGGCCCUGGCUGCUCUGUCCAUUAAAUUCCGCCCUGAGGAGAGACUGGCCUGGAGCAAGAGUGGGGCAGCCAAGAAGAACUUGCCAAAUUCUGAGAAAUCAUGGGAGGCACUCCUGAGUCAUGUGAUCAGUGAGCUCACCAAGGCCAAGGGGAUCUAUGAUAGUAGCCCUAAUGAGAUGAUGUUGAGUACGAGUGUAUGGUCUCCUCAAUCCAUAGAGUUUACGUUGCAGCAGUUCUGUUUGCCGUUCAUGCGUCUAGCCUGUCUUCUUCAACAUCACCUUUAUGGGGACAAUCUACCUGGCUGCCAGCUAGAGGAAGAGUUCUCAUUGCUGGCAGGCGGUUUGGGUUUGCUGUCUGCUUUGUUCCAGCCCAGCACCUCCAUGAACAGCCCAGUGUGCCUGGAAUGGAACAUCAACGCAUUUGAGCUCAUGUCUCAGUGGUGCUCCGAGCUCCUCAGACUGGCGGACACGCCUUCACAGCAGGCCAUGUCUCUGUUGGUGCAAGACCCUCACUGGUCUGCUCCUCGUCUGCUGCAGCUUCCUGACAACUACAACACUAUCUUCCAGUACUACCACAGGAAGUCCUGCACUGUGUGCAGUAAGACACCUAAAGACCCAGCUCUGUGCCUCGUUUGUGGAGCGUUCGUCUGUCUCAAGGGCCUCUGCUGCAAACAGCAGGGUGUCUGCGAGUGUGUGCUGCACUCUCAGCACUGUGGAGCUGCAACAGGGAUCUUCCUCCUAAUAAACGCCUCUGUGAUCAUAAUCAUCCGUGGUCAUCGCUUCUGUCUGUGGGGGUCAGUUUAUCUGGACGCUCAUGGAGAGGAGGACAGAGACUUACGUCGUGGCAAGCCUCUGUUCCUGUGUGAGGAGAGGUACCGCGUGCUGGAGCAGCAAUGGGUGUCACACACCUUCGACCACAUUAGCAAGCGAUGGGGUCCCCACUACAACGGACUUUAACACACAGACCCCAAACCUAGAGGAGCCAGAUCACAGUGGGCAUCAGUGCCAGCCUCUCUCUCUCCUUUUGAUAUAUGCUAUUAUGUAAUAUAAAAACAAUGCUGUGAGUGAAUUGCUGCUACAGCCUUGGUUAUGUGAAGUUUAGUGUACAAUCAUGCCUAAUGACUAACAGCGUGUAUGUGUGUGGGGUGUUUUUUUUUAAUAUAUGAAUGAUUUUUGGUGGAUUUGAAAGGGGAAGAGAUUUUAUUUGUUUCUGGGACUGGCUCACAGAGAAAGCACAAAUUAGCCCAAUCCUGAGUGCAUUUAUUUGAGUGCUGUUUGGUCACACCCCUCAAAAACAUGCUAAUGUUUAGUGCAUUGGAGAGCAAAACUCUCCCAAAAAAAAAAAAAGUGGAUAUCACCACCAUUAUGAAAAACACAAGGCGUUUGGGUUUCCCUUAACUGCAACCUAAACUGUACUAAAAUGGCACCAGGCAUCAUUAUUCAUCGUAACAAAUGCAAUGAGUAAUCAUUGUCAUCCUACAUGCUCAUAACUCAGGCCUUUAAAUGCUCAUAUGGGAUAAAAGUAUUGUUGAAGUGGAGCGUCUUUGUUCUGCAUAAAUUAUCACUGAAUAGUAGAAUAAUUAUUGCUUGCCCAUUGAGGCCUAGUUGCAUCCAUCCUCAGGAAUUUUCUUUUCUGUAGUUAAAGAACUUUUUAAUAUUUAAAUAAAUGUUGCUAUUUGAUGUUGAUGGUUAAUUAUAUCGUUGUACAAAUGAUUUUAGGUUUUGACAGAAGGCACAGUGGUGAUGGCAGUCAGCUAGCUUUUUGCAGUUGAGGCUGCAGAGACCGUUCGCAGUAACCUUGUCAUUCAUGCAGCUUUUCUUGGCUAACUGGUUAAAUUAGUACUACUGGCUAAAAGCUGGAGUAAACAUUUCCCUACUAAAACUUGGCAAUAUUUCAUCUAGCCAAUAAUGCUGGUAGAUGUGAUUGUUUUACAGAGGAUCCAAAAUUGCUGCAAAUAUUUAUCCCAAAUAAUCUCGUUCUUUUAUUGUCUAAUCCCAAGUUUUUGAGCAAUGUUGGGUUCCAGAGAUGACCAGUGUCCAUGGUUCAUUCACAGAUUGCAUUUAGAAUGUGUCUAGAAAAUGCACUUCAUUUUGUCCUUUGAGUGUAUUGUAGUAUUUUUACAUCAACAUCUGCAACAGUGUAAUUUGUACUUGCAUAAAGCAAUCCUCCAAAGAGGAAAUCAUGUGUCAUUUUCACGUAUGCCAUAGUCCCACCUUUUCCUGCUCGGUUUAGAGCUAAAAAUGAAUAUUUCCAAGAGCCAGGUGAAGAGCAUUCACAUUUAGUAACAGGUUUAAAUAACUCGCUUGUGUCUGAUGGUGAACAAGGCAAAAAGUUUUGAAUUUAGAUUUGCUUUAAAACGAACGAAAAGGAGAGUAUUAUUUCUUCAUAAUAUGAUGGCUUCUUUUCAAGCGGCCAGGAUUUAAAUCAGGCCCCACAGAAUUUAGGAUUUCAAAAUCCUUGUUAACUUUUUGCAUAUUCUACUUUUCUAUUAAUGUCUAGCCCCCUUCAUUAUUUGUUUGUUGUUGUUUAAUGCAUAUUUAUUAAAAGAUGUUUUUGUAUGGAUAUGUAAGAGAUUCACCUAUGAGGAGUUUGUUUCUUUACAUUGUUUGUUUAAAAAAUGUUCUUUUGGUGUGUUUCUCAAUCCUGUGAGUUUUCUCACAGAAACUGACAAUAGUGACAAAGGAGUGAUUCCCCCCCCCCCCCCCCCCACCACCACCACACACACACACACACACACACACACACACACGAUUCAGGAUGUGAUCAGUUCCAGGCUUUGAAAUAAGAUUGGGGAUUUCAGUGCUGUGUGUAAUUUUUUUUUUCUCCCCCCCCCCCCACCCGACCCAAUUUGCAAAGUCCCAGUUCUAAGUCUGUUGUAUUAAGAAGGAGCCACCAAUGAACACCAAAAAGCAUGUUUUGGUUUCGUUCUUCACCACCUUAUUGGGUAUUGAUUCUCAACACUGCACUUACACAAUGCUGGAGAGAAAUGCCAGGCACUUAAAUUCCUAGUUCCUGUCUUUCUCUUGUCUUGAAAUCUUGCAUGCUGCUGUUUUUUCUUCUCUUUUUAGUUUUUCUUUUUCUUCCUCAGCCCAGAUAUUGUAUAAUUGAACAGAGUUUUUGCAAAGAGUAAUGGGUAUAUAUUGGAAUGGAAAGCUGUAAUGUUAUUCUGUGUGGUGUGAGUGACUGACUGAGACAGAAAUACAGUACAUUACUGUAGGUGCUGAUUCAGAUUGCAAAUCAGAAAGGGUGGCAGACAUUUAAUGCAAAAUGUAACAUAUGUGAAUAAAAUAUAACAAUACUCUGA